AUGGAGACGAGGAGCAGAUUCCGAGUCUUGGUUCUCAGCAAGACGGCAGGGUACAGACACGAAUCAAUUCCCGCCGGGAUCGAGGGCAUCAAGAAAGUCGGCGCAUCCGGGAAGUUCACCGUCGACGCCUCGGAAGACUCGACGCUGAUCAGCGUCGACCACCUACGGCGAUAUGCGGUGGUAGUGUUCCUGCAAACCAGCGGCGACUUUUUGAAUCAAGAGCAACUCGGCGCACUAAAGACCUACAUGAAGAACGGCGGCGGGUUCGUCGGCAUACACUGCGCCGCCUCGGCCAUGUUCACGGAACCAUGGUACGGCGAGCUUAUCGGCGCCAUCUUCACCGACCACCCCGAGCCGCAGAAGGUCGUGGUCCGCGUCGAGAAGGGGAACCAUUGCAUCGUGGCUGGGCACCCGGAGGAGUUCGCCUGGCUUGACGAGUGGUACAACUUCAGGGCGAACCCGUCGCGCGACAAGGUGACGGUCUUGCUGUCGAUUGAUGAGAAGGGCUACGAGGGCGGGAAGAUGGGUGAUGACCACCCACUGGCCUGGUGUCAGGAGAUUGAUGGUGGGCGAAGCUUCUACACCGCCCUGGGCCACUUUUCUGAGGCGUAUGAAGAUGACAAGUUCAUGAACCACGUACUCAAUGGCAUUCUGUGGGCAGCGGGUAUGGUCUAG